UUGCCGCCAGGCUCCGGGAUGUGAUGGAGCCGGCCAGGUGUGACCUUGGGCAGGUUCCCGCCUCCGAGCUUCAGCCUGCAAGUCCGAGAAGCAAGUGGCACCGCAGGCAUCCGAUUCUCCCCGCGGAAUUCGGAGAAAGGACCAGCAGGAUGGAGCCAGGAGAGGAGCCCGAGGAAGAAGAUUCUCCCGGCGGCCGGGAGGACGGCUUCACCGCCGAGCACCUGGCUGCCGAGGCCAUGGCCGCAGAUAUGGACCCCUGGCUGGUGUUCGAUGCCCGGAGCACUCCCGCCACUGAGCUGGACGCCUGGUUGGCCAAAUACCCCCCCUCCCAAGUUACCCGCUACGGGGACCCCGGCUCCCCCAACACCGAGCCGGUGGGCUGGAUCGCGGCCUACGGGCAGGGCUAUACCUCUAACUCAGGAGACGUGCAGGGUCUACAGGCCGCCUGGGAGGCGCUGCAGACCAGCGGGCGGCCCAUCACGCCUGGCACCCUGCGCCAGCUGGCCAUCACCCACCAGGUGCUGUCGGGCAAGUGGCUGAUGCACCUGACUCCUGGCUUCAAGCUGGACCACGCCUGGGCGGGCAUCGCCCGAGCGGUGGUCGAGGGCCGGCUUCAGGUGGCCAAGGUGAGCCCACGGGCCAGGGAGGGUGGGCGCCAAGUCAUCUGCGUAUACACGGACGACUUCACGGACCGCUUGGGUGUCCUGGAGGCGGACUCGGCCAUCCGGACUGCAGGCGUCAAGUGCCUGCUCACCUACAAGCCCGACGUCUACACCUACCUGGGCAUCUACCGGGCCAACCGCUGGCACCUCUGCCCAACUCUCUACGAGAGCCGUUUCCAGCUGGGGGGCGAUGCCCGCGGUUCUCGGGUGCUGGAUCGUGCCAACAAUGUGGAACUGACCUAGUGGGGCCAGAUUUCGCCCCCUGCCCUUCUGCGGGAGGGCUGCCCCUACCUUCCUUGUCAACCCCCCACCCCCAGGCCAGACCCCAACCCUGAGGGACCGGGUUAGGUCACUCAGGAACUGCCAGCAUCAUUCGCCCCCCUUGCAUCUCUGUCCAGGAGUGACUUGAACCCCUGCAGGUAGGGGGCCCUGGCUCGCUGAGGGCCGGGCCCUCAGCCUUUGUCUUCGCUGCUGCUCCCGUCCCCCUCACAGGACCACUGGCUGGGGCUGGAAGCCAGGGAAAGCCAUCUCGGCCACCCCUGUCGCCUCACCAGGCUGCACUGUCCCUCCUGCAUUGUCUUCGUCUUCCCUCCCCCCACCCUCUGGAGGGAGAAAAUGCCAGUGCUUCUAGCCCCUCCCUUGGAGCCCUCUGGGGCCAGGGCCGGGGCCCUGCAGGCCUGAGCACGCCACUGGGGGUGGGUGAGUCCUUGUGCCCACUCAGUCCCUGGCAGAGAGAGGGGACACUGGGACCACAGACCCCAGGCCUGCCCCUCCCCGCACCUCACAGCCUGCAUCACCCCAGACCCCUCCUCAGCGAUCUUGUCACUUGCCUGCCCCUGACAUUCCAAUAAAGCCCGCUUGGGUCUGUGUCUUGAGUGUUUUUUA